AGCUCACGCAAUACGGCCGCGGAUCAAACUCGUUGAAUCUCCAUGGAGAUCGUGAAAAACUAUGGCGGAGAACGAGGAAGAAACAAAUUUACCCCAGUUUGGGGCACCAACCCCAAGUGUAACAAUAGACAUGCUGGAAACCCGCCCCAACACUCACAUUUUGCUGGACUCUGUAACGCCAGCGGCUGGAGAAGGCAAUCACAGAGGGGCCAGCAGGCUUGACCCUGCAGGAGGUGUGAUGAGUAGGGCACUCAGUGUUGUGAGUGGAAGCAAUGCCCAGGAAAGUCACAUCUCAGAGUUGAUGAAGCGCAUGGAGGAAGAUCCCUUCGAUGAAGACCAGACUGAGCUUCGGUUCCUUCACUCCAAACCCACCUGCUUCAUCAUCCUGGGCAAACCAGGUGUGGGCAAGACCACCUUAGCCAAGAGACUAGCCCAGGCCUGGAGAUGUCAGAUGGUGAAUGUAACUGAGCUGAUGCUGCAGCAUAUAGACCUUCAGACUGAGAUGGGUGUGAGACUACAGGAGAUCCUUCAUAAGGGUGGAGCAAUCCCUGAAGAGCUAGCCGUCAAGCUUAUAGAAGAUAAGAUUAACUCACCAGAAGUGGCACAUCACGGUUAUGUCUUGGAUGAUUUCCCCUGUGUGAAUGAAGAAUACAUGAAUGUUUCAGAUCAACUAGAGUUUGUCAAGAAUUGGAAACUUAAACCAGAUUUCAUCAUCAACCUUAGGAUACCAGAUGCAGACCUUGAAAUGAGGAGGGUUGGUCAGAGAGUGGAUUCUCUCAACAACACGCUCUACGCCCAGGAGGUAUGGAACCCAGAGAAACCAGAGACUCAGCAGAAGAAAGGAGGAGGAGAGGAUGAAGAGGAGGAGGAGGAAGAAGAAGAAGAGGAGGAAGAACCAGAGAUGAAUCUAGAUCCAGAGAUGGGAGAAGAAGAAAAGAUACAAUUAACAAUGGAAAUAAUUGAAAGGUUGGUUCAGAGACCGGAGGAUUUUAAACCUCAUGCUGCUGAAAGCAUCAAGGCCUACAAGGAUAAACUACUCAAGAUGUUUGAGGAUUACGUGGCAGAUCAUGAUCAGCAAUACCUGAUUGAGAUGGACGGGAACAAGACAGCUACUUUCCUAUUCAGAGAGCUAAUGAACAAGCUCAAUACCUACAUCCUCCGUCGGGCUGCCGUUCCAAUCCGUCUCCAGAACGCAGAGGAAGAAGACAUCCCUGAUGAUGUCGAUACGGAAGAGCUCAUGAGGACGUUGGGCGCGACCAACAUGGUUGCCCCGAGAUACAGAUGGAGGAGGAGCAAGUGGGCAAGGGCAUGUCCUGUUGAGCUGCAGAAAGGCAAUGUAGUUCAAGGCAAACCAGAAUUCGCUGUUGGAUUCUUGGAUAAGAUCUAUGUGAUGUCCAGUCCUGAUGCUGUGGAGAUCUUCUUGAAGAACCCUCGUCCUUACCUAGUGAGCCCUCAGCCUAGGCCUCCAUGUAAGCUGUGUGUAGUAGGACCACCUCUCUCAGGGAAGACAUCACUCUGCCAUCUACUUUCCCAGAAGUUUAAUGCUAUGGUACUAGAUGUGAAUGAACUGAUCAAAUCUCGCAUGGAGUCGCACAAAGCCAAGCAGAUAGAGCUUGCUAAACAGGAGGCUUUAGAGUCGGCUAUAUCAUCCAUCAAAGCCAAGCUCAGAGAGAAGGAAGAAACUGGAUCUGAAGGGGAUGGUGCUGAUGAUCACGAUGAUAUCCCUGAAGAGGAGAAAGAAGCGAAGACAUCGGACACGGAGGAGUCUAGAGCGGAGGGGGAAGGAGAGGAGGGAGAAGAAGAUGGAGAGAAAUCCUUUGGAAAGACGACAGAGGAGCCUGAAGGAGAUGCAGAUAAUUCUGAGGAGAAGGAAGAUGAAGGUGAAGCCACAGCCCAGGAGUCUGUUACAGGAGUGACCGAGGGAGAUGGUACGGAGGCAGCUGCACCCUCCCAUCAUCCUACUGACGACAUGUCUACUAUCACUGGGGUCGCUCCUACUGUAUCACAGGUGUCUGAAGAUGUGGAUGAAAACCAUGCUGAGGUGAUGCUGAUGGUAGAUGCUGCAGUGAGGGAAGCGGAGAAGCUCUCGUAUCCUAUUGGAGCAGAUCAGUAUGUAGACUGUGUAGAAGAGGCUAUAGUUGAGAUACAUAGAGAACUCAGGAAGAAAGAUCCUACAGGUCCAUCUGCUGGUGGAUGGAUCAUUGAUAACUUCCCUCAGUCUCGUGAUCACUGGACAGUUCUGCUUGACCGUGGUCUAGCUCCUGAUGAGGUCAUCUGUCUCAAGGAUAGCAGUGAAAACGGUCAUUACCUGAUGAAGCGUUGGUACAGGCUCAACAAGCAUGAGGUAGACACUAAGGCUAGGGAGAGGAAGGAAGCAGACGACAGGGAGAAACGUAGGAUCAUAGAAGAUUCAAGUAAUUCAUCUAGAGGUCCUACAAGUAGCACAGGACUCAACAGGAUCCAGGAAGAACUUGAGAUGAAAGAAGAAGCAGCUAAAUUGGUCGCAGCUCAGGAAGGCAUUGAGGAAGAUGCAGCGAAAGCAGAAGAAGAGAAACCUGAAGGAGAGAAAGAAGUAGGAGAAGGAGAAGGAGACCAAGAAGGUGAGAAGGAUGGAGAGAAGGAUGGAGAGACAGGUGGAGAUGGAGGAGCGGGAGGUGGAGAGGAUGAAGCAGAAGCUUCUCCCACUUCUGGUGGAGGGGUAGAGGGUGAUGCAGCUCCGGGCGUGUCUGAUGGUGAACAAAAACCUAAAGAAGGCGCUACUGAUGCAGACCCUACUACCGGUACCACUAUUACUUCUUAUGAAGAUAAAGGUAAGACCGAUGAAGAUGAAGAGGAAGAGGAAGCAAUACCCAUCCCAGUCCCUGAAGAAGAUCAGCUUCCUCCUGAUGGACCAGAGACAACCAAGUUCAAAGAACAGAGGAAUGACUUUGAGAGGGAGUGGCCAUCCAUCCAGGCUCUACUCACUGGGACUAUCAACCUAGAACCCCUCCAGUUAGAGAUUGAGAACAAGCAGGUUGAAGAUAUCAUCAAGGAAUCACAUAACAUGGUGGAACAGCCGUACACCUACAGACCAUGGGAGUACAACAGCAUUGAUAUGGAUGAGGAGGAUGAGGAUGCAGCGGCCGAGGCUGAUGAGGAGGGAGACGAGAUGGAGGAGGAAGAGGAUGAAGAAGUGACCAAGAACAAAAAGAAGCAGUUUGGUGACACGAAACACUUCUGUCCUGUAGCGUUGAAGGAGCAGAAUGUUUUAUGGCCUGGGAACCCAGAGAUAGCAGCCAAGUACAGAGAGAAGGUCUAUUACUGCUCUAAUCCAGAGGCAAGGGAUAAGUUCAUUGCUGAACCCACCAGCUAUGUCGCUAAAGGAAAACCAUUUGUGCCCCCACCAGUAAGACUCUUGAUGCUUGGACCUAAGGGUGCUGGUAAGUCUCUGCAUGCCCGUGCUAUGGCUGACAAACUUGGGCUCUUUCACAUCAGCUUCAAAGAUCGUCUCCAAGAACUCAUCAUCAAGAAGACCAAGAAGAAGAUUGGACCAGAGUAUGAAGAGGAGGAGGAGGAGCCAGAGGAGAGUGAUGCGGAGGAAGGACAGAAGGAUGGAAUACCGGUCGUAUCAGAACCAGCAGAUGGAGCUGCAGCGGAACAGACUGAGGAGGAUAAUGAGGAAGGAGGAGAGGAGGAGCAGGAGGUGGAGUUGGAUGAGUUUGAAGAGAACAUCAAAGGUAAUUUGAUGGGAGAUGAAUCUCUGAGCUUAGACUCCCUGGAGAAGUUUGUACCUGACUGGUGGAACCUGGAACCUUACAAAUCAACAGGUUUCAUCUUGGAAGGUUUCCCGCGUACCUCUGAAGAAGCUCAAUUCAUGGCUGAGCAUGGCCUCUUCCCCGACGCUGCUCUGCUACUCAACGUAGAAGACUCAGACAUCACCAGCAGGUUACUACCACCUAAGCUGGAUAAAUGGCGCAAGCGAAGGGAUCGCAGGGUGGCCCGGCGGGAGAAGCGUAAAGCUAAGAAGAAGAAGGAGAGAGAAGCAGCGAUCAAGAAGCGUCGUCAGGAACUCAUCUCAGAGGCUGAUGAUAGGAAAGCAAAGAGACAGGCAGAGCUCAGGGCUCAGAGAGCUGCGGAUAGAGACAGUGAUGAUUCAGAGCACUCGGACGAAGAAGGAUUUGAUGAGGAAGAGGAGGAGGACAUCGAUGCAAUGCUGGCUGAGGAGUUUGAAGAGGAGGAGGAAGAAGAGGAGGAGGAGGAUGAGUUGGAGGAAGAUGCCAUCGAGAGACUGAAGAAUGAAAUUGGAGAGGUGUAUGAUGAGGAUACAAAUCGCAUCUCAGGCGUACAGGAAACCCUUGAAGAGAUCAUGAUCCCUCGCAUGGAGCUCAACGGUGGUCGCAAGCCUCACAUCGUCCGCUUCACCCUGGAGCAGAGUCUCAGACCGGUCCAGGACUUCAGAGAGAGUCUCUUUGAGAAGGUCUAUCCUGUCAGAGAGAUGGUGGCUAGGAAGAUGCUACAGAUCGGUUAUAAACAUCAGUCUAGGUUUGGCAGAUGGUGUCCUGUCAAGCUAUUAGAAGGAGACUGUAUUCAACCAAUGCAGGGUCACACCUACCCAACGUUCCCGGCGGUGUACCGUCAACACAUCUACUUCAUGUCCACGCCUCAGGCUAGGGAACAGUUUGUGAUGCAUCCGCUGAAGUACCUGAAGCAAGCAUCUCCUAAGCCUGUAGUCCCUGUCAGGAUGGCUAUCAUUGGACCACCAAAGUCUGGAAAGACUGCAUUGGCCAACCGGUUUGCAUCCGAUUACGGGAUGAUGCGACUGUCGAUCGGUGAAGCGGUCAGGUUUGUCUUGACCCAACAGCCCAAGACAGAGCUAGCUAAACUGAUCAAUGCUCAGAUCAGAAAGGGUAUUCCCCUCCCUGAUGAACUUGCCAUUCGUGCCUUAGAGGUCAAUCUCCUGGAUACAAGGUCAUCAACCAGAGGCUAUGUCCUUGAUGGUUACCCCGUAUCCAAGCACCAGGUUGACCUGAUGACUGACUAUGGUAUCAUUCCAGUGGUAGUUCUUGAGCUCAGCGUUGAUAGCAGAGAGCUCAUGGUCAGAGGCAUGAAAGAUAGACAUUCUUCUGAGAGGUUGCUACCUUUUCAUGACAGUGCCCAGAUCUUAUCAAUGAAGAUCGCUGCUUGGCAGAAAGAGAUCACGGGUGUGAGGGAGUAUUACAAAGAGCAGCAUAAGAACUGGGUUAGGGUGGUCGGUGAGAAGUCUAAGUGGUGGGUUUGGAACCGAGCUGCUGAUCAUUCUCAGGACAGUGUUCGUAGGAUACAAGACUAUCUUCAGAGGAUAUCAGAGGGCAAAGCAGCAUCCAUCGCUAACAUGUGCAUCACACCCAAGGAGUUCUUCUCUCGUCUUGGUGACUUUGGUCAGUACUGUCCGGUCAGUCUGGCCAAGGACGGUGAGCUGGUGGACUGCGCUGGACAGGUCAACCUGGACAAUGCUGCAGAGUUCCGUGGUCGUUACUACAAAAUGGAGAACCCUGAGAAGGUGAAGGAGUUCUUAGCCAGACCAGAGCUCUAUGUCCCACCCCAAGCCCCCAGAGCCUUGCCUGCACCAGAGCUACUUACUAAGAGAAGGACUGCUAUGGAUGCGAAGAAGAUGUUCCCUAUGCAGAUUGAGCUUCAGGGAUAUUGUCCUGUUACAUACCUGGAUGGGAAGCUCAGGUAUGAAGCGAUCCUUCCAGGCAACCCAGAUCUGAUUGUGGAGUAUCGGGGCAGGAUGUACUGCUUUGAUUCAGAAGAAAAACUGCAGAGAUUCAUGAGGUAUCCCGAGCGUUACUUCAGCCUGAAGCUACCCCACAAGCUACCUCCCAGGAGGGACCCUCUCCUGGUAACCUCACUGCCCAUGUUAGGUUACAUGGAGCAAACCAUCUCAACGGCUAUCACUAAAGCUCUGACUGCUACAGGGUGCUUCAAACCAAAGUUCCCCUUCGUCUCACCGUCCAGAUCUGCUUUGUUAUACCUGGCAUUCCAUCUCAAAGCUUACAACCCCAAGAGCUCUGACUACGUCCGUAAGAAGUACCGCAAGAAGCUGGAGCAGUUUGAGGAGCAAUGUGAACUCAUCCGUUACCUAGGCAACCAGAUGGGCCAGCGAUUGCGCAAUCCUCAGGAGCUUCCGAUUGACUUUGAUCACAAGAUGCUUCUCUUCCUCAACCUCAAGGGACGCGAGCCCACACCAUCUACAUUAGUCGCUAUGUAAACAUGCACAUCCUAAAGGGACACUUCAAAGCUUAUUCAUCCCAGGCUCACUAUACGUAUUUCCUAGACUAAGUAGAAUUGAUUCUAACAAAAUUUUGGAAAGAAUUGAAGCUAUUGCAAUACAGGGGAAGAUGUCAUGAAAAUAACUACAUCUUUGAAAGUGCUUGAAUUUGUACAUGCAUCCAACAUGAAUUUUAAAGUAUGUAUUUACACCUCGCAUCUGAAACUGUUUGAGAUGAAAACAAGAGAAUUAGGUUUCUGUUUAUUCGUAAGUAAUUGAGGUUCAAAGAUCAUGUAUCUUACUUAAACUAGAAAGGGCCAAUAUUUCAUGCAAAUUGCAUGUUCCAGUCGACUAUCGUGUGAAUAUACCACCAAAUAGUAAAGACAUCUAACGAUUACAAUUGUGAUUGCACAUCAUUCUUAUUUCUUGCUUUGAUUAGCACCAAGUCUGUACAGUGAUAACAGAUAAGGUUUUACAUAUGUGUAUACCAGUAAGUAUAUAAAGAGGAUCGAUUACUUUGAAUUAUAUCUUUGAAUCUGUAUUUAGUGUGAAAUCAAAAUGAAGCAAACUACAAUGUAGGAAUUUUGGGGAAAACAGUGAAUAUUCUGUAUAAUUGCAGUUAUCGAAUGUAGAAAAGAGAGGAAAUAAAGUCAAUUUGGUUUGUUUAUGAAACAUGAUUCUACUUAUCUUCAUGUGUAUCCAUGGCUUUGGUGCCACAAGGAUGUGCUUUCUAUUUAGGUAUUCUUUUUAAACUUUCACUUUCUCUGUGGCAUUUCAGACUUUUACAUUUCCUUUCAAUAAAAGCUUAUGUUAUGA